AUGAACUUUACGCGCUCGCUGUUCUUCGCGCUGACAGGCCUGUUGUGUAGGCCCAUGAUCGAUAUUAUAGACCUUACCGGGGACUCCGAUGAUUCUGAUUCUGAGUUGCCAGCCGCUCUGAGCUCGCGACCGCUCCAGCUACCAUUAGUUCAAACUCGCAAGCCUCUGUCAAACCUAGCCAAAAACCCGACCAUUGCGCCGAAGCCGACAUCUGCCAGCGGUGCACAUGCUGGCCCGAAGACAGCCGUCCACAGUCCUCCAUCCGCCAACACGCGCACUGCACAGUCAGUAGACACCCCAUCCUCGAACGGCAUUCAUGACAAACCAAGAACGAAGUAUGCGGACAAAGCUUCAAGGUGGGCUGCAGAGCACGACCUCGUGAAACAGCCAGCUUCUGAUAGGCCUAGACACAAUGCGCCUGUCAACGGUGCUCAGCGCCGGUUGGACAACUAUGCUCAAGCCGUUCCAUCCCAGAUGCUAUCAGCUUCAGCUUCUUCGAGAAACCCUAAACAGAACAACGGGACCUCUACAAACGCUGCAGGAAGAUUAAAGCCACACGAGCAGACGCAAGGGGCAGAAGAGCAUCGCUCUGGCGCUGAAGCAGCAAGAAAACGGAAUCGGGACGGCACAUUCAAGAGCGAUCCUACGCCUAGCAAUCAGCUAAGCUCAGGAUCUUCGGUAAAGAACAAUGUUGCCCAAGCACUAGUGGCUCCGUCUGUAUCAUGGGAAAUCGAUGGACGGACAGUCACCAGUGUCCCUGCCAACCAGGCGCCAGCAAGGAGGACAUCUGUGUUGACACCUAUUGAUCAGCACAAUGAUGGCAUGCUCAGCAAUGGCGUUGUGUCGGAGCAGCGAGCUGGGCAGCACAUUGGUCUUAGGGACGCCGCGGAGUCGUCAACAAUCAAUGGCGCAAGCGCCGCUCCAACGCAUAAUUUACUGCGGACUAACAUUUUACCUCCGCCAGCGCCAGCUACAAUUACUGGCACGUCAGGGGAAAAGUUCAGCGACGAAGAAGAUCGCCUACUGAUACACCUAAAGGAAGUACGCAGGCUGUCUUGGGCGCAGAUCGGACCCUAUUUUCCCACGAGGAAGGCUCACACCGUACAAAGUCGUUACUCAAGGAAGCUUUGUCAACAGCAUCCCCUAUCCCGCGCAUGGCGAGAGAGUUCAGAGGAAAGCACCCCUGAUCAGUCUUUUGAGAGCACCGCUUUUGAUAGCACGAUUUUCACGAGCCCGGCAAAUUCCGGUACAUUACAUGAUUCGCGACCUACUCAGUUCACUCCUCCCCCCGAGGCAGCCCAUAUAACACUUCCACUGCCGAGGCACUCAGUGGAAGUUCCACCGAAAAAGCGAUUGCCUUACCAGCAGAUCGAUCGAGCCACUAGAGGAGUUAGUCGGAAUGGUUUACAACCUAGAAGCACAACUACGAUCCCUAAGCCUUACCUAAGUCACGCCCAGCGUCAUAUCCUUCGCCAAGGGAUAGAGGAAGGCGAAUGGUGUCGAACACGUAUUGAUGCCUGGGAAGGCACGAUAUUGCACGCUGAUUUUCUCGAUGAAGAAUUAGCAGUGCUGGAAAAAGUGAUCAAGGACGUCCUUGAGACAGUUAUGCAUGAACAAGGCGAUACUACGAUACUUCGCAUCCGGACUUUAAUGGCGUUCGCCACUGAAGCGAAUGUUCAUGCCAUAUCUUGGAGGGCUAGGAGAGUUCUGGAAGCCCGUACUCUGGAGAGCAUCAGACAUUUUCUACAAGAUGCCAUUGACGGUAACGUUGCCUCGAUCCCACACUGCCAGAAGUUGGGAGCAACCGCCACGCAUCGGACCCACUCAAGUUCUACCUCUGCACUGCUCCGUUGGCGCGAGCUAGGUGUCUCGAGCGGUCGUCAAUACCAAAGUGGCUUGCGAAUCGUUCCCACAGCGCUCAAGAACAACUGCUAUGACACUCUUGGGCCAUCCAUCUCGUUCACCGGCACCUCUGGUGAUGUCGGCACGGUCGCUUGGGCCCCAGAUGGACAGGGGUUUGCCGCAGGUUCCGCAUGUCUGGACGACGCGAAUAGCAUGCAAUACAAUAGACCAAACAAUCUUCUCCUAGGAGACGUCGACCGCAAGGUCAUUCGCGAGCUAUCCGACCAUCACAUUCCCCGACAACGCCAGGAGACUGGCGCGAACUCCUCGCAUUCUAUGCAUGUGUCUCAGAACCCCCGCCUGUUCAAAACCGUGUCCAUGGUUGCGUUCUCGCCUGACGGCCAGUACCUUUACUCUGCUGGUUACGAUGGCGUGGUCCGUGAAUGGGAUCUUGACAAAGGGGGCGACGAUGGGUCCGUUCCUGGAGAUCCCAUUCAAGCCUCCUGUCUCUAUGCUUUUGAGCACAAAGCGCCGGUUGAGCUAUUGUCAGUAAGCAGGAACGGCUUACUGGCGACUGGUUGCCGCCGAGCGAAGAAGAAGAGCAUUAGGGUUAUCAACUACCGGGAAGGAGUCCGGUUGUCGUUCACCUCGCAGAAAGCGUUGGAGAGGCCUGAGCUGCAUCUCUCUCCAUCAUGUCUACACUGGGGCGUUCACCACUUUUACAGCGCCUACCUCCUAGCUGGAUUCUGCUCUAAUACCGAAGAUGUGACUAUGGAUGGGGAGUUCUGCAUGUGGAACGUCGAGACACAGCAAGAAGUUAAGAUUUGGGGGAACUCACAAAACGUCUUCGACUGCGCGUGGAACCCGCACUGGGGUCCUGGUGGCCACUUCGCUAUAGGCAGCGUCGCAGGGCUUGGCGUGAACCCAGGCGUGCGGUCCGUAGUGCGCACAUUUGACUGGCGUAUCGGUCAGAUCAGUAAGGUUGGUCAGUUCUCAAAGACUAUCGAGUUUGAGUGUCCGGCAAGGGACAUGAACGACGUUGUAUAUAACCCAUACGACGACCACUACAUCAUAGCCGGGUGCACUGAUGGCACAACAUACGUCUGGGACGUCCGUAACGAUAAUCGCAUUUUGCACACCCUUUCCCACGGCGAUUCAUUAAUGGCACUGGAUCCUUUGCAGCCUCGGGAACUCCUGGAUACCGGCAUCCGCUUCUGCUCUUGGGCGCAGGACCGCACUCGGUUAUACAGUGGAUCCUCGGAUGGCGUCGUCAAAUCAUGGGACAUUUAUCGCUCAAGUGAAAAUGUUCACGUACAAGAUGUCGUCACGUUAAACUCUUGUGUUAUGUCUGGUGCGUUUAACCCGGAUUACACGCGUCUCCUGAUCGGUGAAGAAAACGGCUCUAUCAACGUGCUCGAAGUAGGCAACGAUGACAGGGGUCUCAAAGAGGCGGAUACGUUCACGCUUCACGAGUCUCCAGGAUCCAAGACCGCCCCCCUGGGUGAUACGCCCGCUGACGAGGAAUCUGGCAUCGAAGCCGCUAAGAAACUUUUGGAAGCUCAACAAAUCACUUUCCGACCAAUGGGUGGACUUCCUAUCCGCCAGGCUGUACAGGGGCCCAACUAUUUCAGGAGCGGCUAUCUUGACACAGCGGCAGACGCCCCGGCCCUUCGACAAGCCGCCCAGGCGCUUCAGGAUAGUUUCCAGCUCCCGUCAGACGCGGAGCAGUGUCAGCUAGAAGCUUGUCGAGAUAGCUCAGUCAUGUUCACUAGCGAGGAGUCUGGCGACUCGAAACGAUCUCAAGACCGGAUACCGGAUGCGCUGAGAUCGAAACAGGCUGCUGUCAACGGGGCACAGCUUGUUGCUGGUAAGACGAAAUGCGCAGAAUGUGGCGCCCCGGCACGUCCUCGCCUUGACCAACGGGGUGGUGACGACGUCCAGCCGACUGCGCUCUGCGAACGGUGCGACUUCUCCUGUUUCCGUUGCGGACGUUAUGCUGUUGUGUCUGCUGUCACUAACACCGUGUGCUGCCCGCACUGUGAGCUUCUUUGGAAGGUUGGCGUUUUGGGAUAUGAUCUGGUGAGAUGGCCGGGGAAGCACGAAGUGCUGGAGGUGGCGCAUGCUUUGGAGGCGAGAGCCACUGUGGGUGCUGCUGAGGAGGAGAAGCUUCUUAUGGACGAAGAUAUGCCCGGUUUAUGGGAUGCCGAUUUAGAGCUUCGCCACUGA